AAAUCUUGCUCAUGUUCUGGUCAAGAAUUCAUGCAGUUACAUGUACAAAUAAUUAUGGUAACUCGUACCCGGAAAGGAGAUCUUUUUCUAUUACCUUUCUUGCUUUAUGUGGCCAUUUCCUCAGCAAAAUUUUCACAGGGCCAUGAACGCUCAUUUGGAACCAAAUUUGAAUUAAUUCACAGGCAUUCCCUGCAAAGAAAUCAGAACAAUGUGAUGCAGCAUAUGACUCGACUGGAGCACAUUAAAUUGCUGCUUCAUCGGGAUAUCACCAGACAACGGGCAAUUUCACAAAGGCGAGGACUAAAGCACGCCAGUGCUGUUAUCAGAAGACAAGUUCGGGCGAAUACCAGAGUGACUAAUGAUCGGAAUGCAUCGGGGAAAUUGCCGAUGCAUUCAGGUGCUGAUUAUGGGAUCGGAGAAUACUUCGUGUCGUUUAAGGUUGGAACCCCGGCUCAGAGAUUCAUGCUGAUUGCUGACACUGGAAGUGACCUGACUUGGAUGAAGUGUCGGUAUAAAUGUCAAGGUGCCACGUGUAACCAGACGUCGUCAGGUCGAGGGGAUUUUCAUCCGGACCGGUCGAGUUCUUUCAGGACUAUACCUUGUUCCUCAAGAAAGUGCAAGAUUGAACUUGCAAAUCUCUUCUCUCUUGCUCACUGCCCUUCUCCAUUGUCCCCUUGCGCCUACGAUUUCUCGUACUUGUACUCUGACGGAUCAGAAGCCCUUGGACUAUUUGCUCAGGAAACAGUAACAAUUCGACUUACUAAUGAAAGAACGGCAAGACUAAACAAUGUUCUGGUUGGAUGCACCGAGUCAUCCCAUGGCACUUUCGAGACAGCUGAUGGUGUCUUAGGACUUGGUUACAGAAAUUACUCCUUUACUCUUAAAGCAGCUGAGAAAUUUGGGGGCAAAUUCUCUUACUGUCUGGUUGAUCACUUGAGCCCAAAAAAUGUAUCGAGUUAUCUCGUCUUUGGCAACGACAAACAAGCUACAGCAACGCCACCUGACAAAAUGCUAUAUACAGAGCUUCUCCUGGGGAAGAUCAAUUCAUUCUACGCUGUAAACAUCAAAGACAUUUCUAUUGGUGGUACAAUGUUGCAAAUCCCACCUCAAGUAUGGAACGUGAACGACCAAGGUGGAGUAAUCCUCGACUCUGGGUCAAGCCUAACGUUCUUGACUCAACCCUCAUAUCAACCCGUAAUGGCUGCCCUGAAGCAUUCCCUAUCAAAUUUCUCAAAAUCAAAACUGGACAUUGAACCUAUGGACUACUGUUUUAAUUCAACAGGAUUUAAUGAGUCUAUGGUGCCAAAACUAGAGUUUCAUUUUGCAGAUGGAGCAAUAUUUGAAGCACCUUUUAAAGGCUAUGUCAUUGAUGCUGCUGAGGAAGUGAAAUGUCUAGGGAUUGUGUCUGCAAGUUGGCCUGGAACCUCUAUUAUUGGCAACAUUAUGCAACAAAAUCAUAUUUGGGAAUUUGAUCUUAUUAAUAAGAGAUUGGGUUUUGCAAGGUCUUCUUGCACCUAAAUGUAGUACAAUAUAUGUAAAAACAGAGACUUCGUAGGGGGUUUGUUAUCCCAAUGUUGCGAGUUUUCGAUACAUAAUAAAAACUUUGAUCAUUAUGAGUAUUACUAAAAAUUUGUGAAGAGACUCAUAAGAAAAAAGGAAGGAAAUUUCUUGA